GAGUCAGGCGCCCAUCAGACGCCGGUCUCUGAUUAAAGCUUGCGUGGAACUAGCAAAUUUUAUCAGGACCAAAAAGUUUCGACUGCAAAUUUCUUCACAUUUUCCGUCCCGUCGGUUGCAAAAAUGAGUGACGGCGACUACAGAUCGAGCAAAAAUGACAUGGAGGAUUCCUUCCAAUCUGGGCGAUCCGAUAGUCCUCGUGACUACGGUGGCCGAGGAGACAACAAUGAGCCUGAACAGUACCGGAAACUUUUUAUUGGAGGACUCGACUACAAAACCACCGAAGAAUCUUUGAAAUCUUAUUUCGAGCAAUGGGGCGAGAUCGUUGACGUCGUCGUUAUGAAGGACCCCAAAACAAAGAGAUCUCGAGGCUUCGGCUUCAUUACCUACUCGAACAGCCGCAUGGUGGACGAUGCACAAAAUGCAAGGCCUCAUAGGGUGGAUGGCCGAGAGGUUGAACCGAAGAGAGCAGUGCCCCGCCAGGACAUCAACAAACCAGAGUCUGGAGCCACGGUGAAGAAGCUUUUUGUUGGAGGGCUGAGUGACGCAAUCGGAGAAGAUGAACUGCGCGAUUACUUCACCCAGUUUGGAGAAAUCACAUCCAGCGUGGUCGUCACCGACAAGGAAACUGGAAAGAAGCGGGGCUUCGGAUUUGUCGAGUUUACCGAUCAUGAUCCGGUCGAUAAAAUAUGCUGUAAGUUAAUGCGUGACCACACCAUCUGUGGCAAGAGGGUGGACGUUAAGAAAGCCUUGAGCAAGGCUGAGAUGGCCAACGUCGGUCGUGGAGGCGGUGGAGGCAGUGACCGCGGCGGAUCUGGAUUUGGUGGACGAGGCGGCGGUGGCAGCAUGAUGGGCGGCCGUGGAGGCAGCGGAUGCGGCCCUUGGGGUAACCGCGGAGGCAUGGGAGGCGGCGGGGGCCAGUGGUCCAACGGAGGUGGCGGUGGAUUCGGAGGCGGCGGAGGUGGCUACGGAGGAGGAGGAGGCGGAAAUUACAAUGGAGGUGGGGGAGGCGGCUACGGCGGCAGCAGUGGCGGAAGCAGUGGUUUUGGAGGAGGUCCUCAGGGCAAUGUCUGGGGUAACCAAGGCGGUGGUGGCGGAGGAGGAGGCGGAAACUGGGGCAACCAGGGAGGCAUGGGUAGCCAAGGAGGCAGUGGAGGAGGAUGGAACCAAGGCGGUGGUGGUGGAGGCUAUCACGGAGGUGGAAACCAAGGAUGGAGUGGCGGUGGCAGUGGAGGCAGCGACCACGGAAACUUCAGUCACUAUGGAGGAAGCCAACACAGUGGUGGAGGUGGCUACAACAGCAGUGGAGGUGGAAGCAGCGGAGGUGGCCCAAUGCGAGGUGGAAACUACAUGGGAGGAAGACCUGGCCCGUAUUCGAGUGAUUCUACAGGAGGGGGUGGUGGAGGUGGCUACGGAGGUGGCAGUGGGGGCGGAGGCCGCAGAUUUUAAACUCGAUCCCCGAUUUUUGAUGGUUUAUUAAGGAUGAGAGACAGUGAGACGAUGAGGCAGAAUAGUGGUCUUUUAGCUAGCUAGCUAACCAGGAUAGCUAGAGACAGUUCUCCUACCAAUGUCUUCUUCACCACCAAAUGUACAAGAUCCAUUCGUUGGUUCUCCAUAGGAGUUAACUAAAUCAUCAAAAUCAAUACAAUAUUUGAGGGGAGUGUAUCAAAUAACUGAACUAAUUCGAAACGAUCAAUUGCCUAAAAUUGCAUGUAGGUAAACAAUUUUUGAUCCAGUGACUUACAUUUUUAAUGUUUUAAAUUUGAGAGUUCACAUUUUGCUUCAUGUGCCGCAGUGAUUUUAAAAUCAUUUGUGUAGAUUCAAUGACAUCUUGAUGUUUUGUUGUGCCAGCUUCCCCACAUAUUGCAUUUGAAGGGUGGUUUUAAUUUUCUGUUAUACUUAUAAGUCGUAAACUAAGGCCCUAAAACAUGUGUACUCCAACAUUUAAAAGUUACCACAGCAGAAUUCAACCUAAAACGGGGGUUCCCUUUAAGUGUAGGACUUGAUUGGCGACACUGGGGGUUAUAAUUUUGUGGUGGAAACUUUUAAAGAUCAGGAAACAUUCAUACACGUUCGCGUGUAUUAGGAAUAUGUAUAACCGUAAUUAUUUAAGUUGCUAAAGUAAUAUCGUACUACACUGUCAAAUUUUCAAUGUGAAAGGGAAUAAAUAAGGACGUGACAAAUGAAAGGA